AACUCAUUUACGCAGCGCAGUGGAACAUUUUAUGUCUGUGACAGGGAAGAUUGAAAUGCAGUGAUUAUUUUCGCAUAUUGUCCUCAUUGCUUUUACCUGUCAGAGUGAAAUUCUUCAUUGGACUGAUGAUGAGGAUGCAUGCCGAGGAUGAACUGACCAAAGCAGCCGCCACUGGAAACACUUGCCGUGUUCAGUUUUUACUUUCUAACAGAGUGAAUGUCAACAACGUUAAUAAAUUCGGAAGAACGCCUAUACAGGUGAUGAUGAUGGGUAACACACCAUUGGCUCACCUGCUGCUGAAAUAUGGAGCGGAUCCUAAUCUGCCUGAUCCCGGGACAGGAAGCACUCCUCUGCACGAUGCUGCCAGAGCCGGAUUCAUGGACACUGUGCGGCUUUUAAUCCUUUUUAACGCUGAUCCCAAUGCAACAGAUCACUGCAAUUUACGACCUGUGGAUGUGGCACGGCAGGCUGACCAUGUGGACGUGGUUGAAUUUCUUAGUCGUUUUUAAAAGCUAAAGUUUUU